CGGUGGGGGCAUCAAGAUGAAGGAUUUUACGCCAGGAGGGGGAGCCGCGGCAGCAGCGAGCAGCAACUGGAACAACAACGAGCUGCGCCUCCCGCCAGACGAGGAGUGCGCGCCUCUCGCUCCCGCGGACACGGUGAGCCGUGCGGAGGAGGAGGAGGAUGCUGCUGAUGCUGCUGCUGCUGCUGCUGCUGGUGCUCGGCGCGUCUCCGCGGAAGGGGACCCUGCGGAGCCUGUGGCGCUGAUCGCGGCCACCGGGCUGGACAGCAGCGCGCCGGGCGAAGGCGGCAUGAGAUGCAACAAAAGCGGGGAGUGCCGGAGGGAGCCCGCCGCUAGUAAAGGGAGCCUCUCUUCUGUCGCGUCCAAGCCGGAGAAGCAGAGUGGGGGCGCCGCCGCAGCCGAGGACGGCAAGAGGCCAGGGGGCUGCAAUCCCACAACCGCCAGCAUGGACGGCUCCAGCACUCCCGGCGGCCCGUCGUCGCAGGGCCAGGGCCAGGGCCAGGGGGGCGAGGUGGCCACCGCCGCCGCCGCCGCCGCCGCCGCCGUCGCGGUCGCUGCCACCGACAAGAAGGACUCGAGGGUGUCGUUCUCCAACGCCCCCAGUCGGAAAUCCUCUUCCUCGGUGCACGGGCCGGGUCAAACCCAGAGCCCGACCCCGACCCCGACCCCGACCCAAAGCCAGAGCCAGAACCAGGAGACGCGCAAUUCGGUCACAUUCCUCAAGUCCGAGGACGGAGCGCAGAUCCUGGCCGAGGACGGCGAGCAGAGGGACAACCAGACCUUCAUGCAGCGCCAGUUCAGCUCCAUGCUGCAGCCGGGAGUGAAUAAAUUCUCCCUGCGGAUGUUCGGCAGCCAGAAGGCGGUGGAAAGGGAGCAGGAGCGCGUUAAAUCGGCCGGCAACUGGAUCAUCCACCCGUACAGCGACUUCAGGUUCUACUGGGAUUUCACCAUGCUCAUGUUUAUGGUGGGCAACUUGAUCAUCAUCCCUGUGGGAAUCACCUUCUUCAAGGAUGAGACCACCACCCCGUGGAUCAUCUUCAAUGUGGUGUCGGACACUUUUUUCCUCAUGGACCUGGUGCUCAAUUUCCGCACGGGUAUAGUCAUUGAGGACAACACGGAGAUCAUACUUGACCCAGAAAAGAUCAAGAAGAAGUACUUGAAGACAUGGUUUGUUGUGGACUUUGUCUCCUCUAUCCCUGUGGAUUAUAUUUUUCUCAUUGUGGAGAAGGGCAUCGACUCCGAAGUGUACAAGACAGCUCGUGCCCUCCGCAUCGUGCGAUUCACCAAGAUCCUCAGCCUGCUGAGGCUGCUGCGGCUCUCCAGGCUCAUCCGCUACAUCCAUCAGUGGGAGGAGAUCUUCCACAUGACCUAUGACCUGGCAAGCGCUGUGAUGCGUAUCUUCAACCUUAUCGGCAUGAUGCUGCUGCUGUGCCACUGGGACGGCUGCCUGCAGUUCCUGGUGCCCAUGCUGCAGGACUUCCCCUCCGACUGCUGGGUGUCGCUCAACAAAAUGGUGAACGACUCGUGGAGCGAACUCUACUCCUUCGCCCUCUUCAAGGCCAUGAGCCACAUGCUGUGCAUCGGCUACGGCCGCCAGGCUCCGGAAAGCAUGUCCGACAUCUGGCUCACCAUGCUCAGUAUGAUCGUGGGCGCCACCUGCUACGCCAUGUUCAUCGGCCACGCCACGGCGCUCAUCCAGUCCCUCGACUCCUCUCGCCGCCAGUACCAGGAGAAGUACAAGCAAGUGGAGCAGUACAUGUCCUUCCACAAGCUGCCGGCAGACUUCCGACAGAAAAUCCAUGACUACUAUGAGCACAGGUACCAGGGGAAGAUGUUUGAUGAGGAAAGUAUCCUGGAGGAGCUGAACGAGCCACUGCGGGAGGAAAUUGUGAACUUCAACUGCCGCAAGCUGGUGGCCUCCAUGCCCCUGUUCGCCAACGCCGAUCCCAACUUCGUGACGGCCAUGCUGACCAAGCUGCGCUUCGAGGUCUUCCAGCCGGGCGACUACAUCAUCCGCGAGGGCACCAUCGGCAAGAAGAUGUACUUCAUCCAGCACGGGGUGGUGAGCGUGCUAACCAAAGGCACCAUGGGAAUGAAGCUCUCGGAUGGCUCCUACUUCGGAGAGAUCUGCCUGCUGACCCGGGGGAGACGCACAGCCAGCGUGCGAGCAGACACCUACUGCCGCCUAUACUCUCUCUCAGUGGACAACUUCAACGAGGUUCUUGAGGAGUACCCCAUGAUGAGGAGGGCUUUCGAGACGGUGGCUAUCGACCGGCUCGACCGCAUAGGGAAGAAGAACUCAAUUCUCAUGCACAAAGUUCAGCACGACCUGAACUCGGGCGUGUUCAACAACCGGGAGAACGAGAUGAUACAGGAGAUAGUGAAAUAUGACCGCGAGAUGGUGCAGCAGGUGGACCUACAACGGCCACGGGCCAUGUCCAUGACUCCGCCCAUGCACGGGGGCAUAUUUGCCCCACCGGGACAGCCGCAGGCCCCCUCGGCCAUAGCCAGUCUGCAGCAGGCUGUGGCCAUGAGCUUCUGUCCCCAGAUGGCCAGCCCACUGGUGGGACCCAUUGGCAUCGGCAUGCAGUCGCCCAGGAUGGUGCGCCGCUUCCAGGUGGUGCAGAACCUGUCCAGCCCCAUCACAGCAUCGCCCCUUCAGUCCCAGCUGGCGUCUCAGCCGCAGGUGCCUGCUGGGGCCUUCGCCUCGGCCAUCUCCAGUCCCCCUGUGCAGAGUCCGCUGGCGACCGGGGGAAGGACAUUCCAGUAUAGCUCAAGCCCUAUGGGGGGCCUGUCGGGAUCCCAGCUCUCCUUGGUCCAGCAGCGCGCCGCCAGCCCCACGCAGCGCCCCACUACGCACAAGAGCACCCACUCCCUGCACGGAGGCAGCCUGAGCCAGGAUGCCAGGGCACUGUCCGCAUCCCAGCCCUCUCUUCCCCAUGACGGAACGCCACCGGCGGCGCCCAGCCUGCCGCAGUCCACCCGGGUCUCCUCCACCUCCAUCGGGCCCCCGCCGGCCCAGUCCGGCACACCCGGGCCCUCAAUCUACAGGCCCGCAUUGCCGCAAAGGGUAGUGCUGCCCCACCAGAUGUCGGUGGGGUCCUUCACGUCCGCAUCCCUCGCUGGCGCCGCGCACGGGGCGGGGACCGCUGUCGGACUGGGCCAGCUCGACUCGGCCCACUCGGCGCCCAAAAAAGAUUCCGUAGUCAGCCUCCCCGAAACAGACUUUGUGAGAUCCAGGCUUUCGUCCAACUUGUGACGGAUCCAGUGUGCGGCGCAAGGAUCCGCAUGCUGAGGGAUCGGUAUUUUGGUAGCCUCGAAGGUUCUGCCGCCCCUCCCCUUCUCCCGGUCAAACCUCGAAUCUGACAACUAGAAUGUAUGCUGACUGACCGCUGACUGGGAGAAAGGGGACCGCGGAGAGAUGCACCUACCUUUUGGAGAGGUGAAAGAUUUGUACUCUGCCCACACACACACACACACACACA